GUGGACGAUCGCGUUCUGACUUGCAACAGCUUGCAACGUCGUCUUUCUUCGCAUUGCUCACCAUGUCUGAUUACGAGGACGACAUACCAGCUAGCGGCGGAGCUGUGGAGGAGAAUGAAGAGGUAGAAGCAGAAUACGAGGAGGAACAGGAGGAACGACCGCGCAAGAGCUCUCGGAGGGACUACGACGAGGAUGAGGACGAGGAAGAUGAGGAGGAAGAGGACCCAGGAGCAGACCGGGGGAAGAAACGGAGAAGGACGAAACGCCCUGCCGUAAAUCGUUUCCUCGAUGUCGAGGCCGAGGUGGAUGAGGACGAAGACGAAGAGGAGGACGAGGAUGAGUAUGCUCGUGAUGAGUUCGUCGUCGGCGGAGAGGCGGAGGAGGACGACGUUACGCGCCGCGCAGCGGAUCAUGCACGGUUCGACAGACGAGAGCGGGAGCUCAACGACCAAGAUCUUGCUAAGAUUGCAGAAAACCUGAAUCAACGGUACAAGCGCACUGCGAAGCGGUUCACCAGUGAUGCAGAGCUGCCGCAACGAAUGCUUAUGCCGUCCGUGGAGGACCCAAGCCUUUGGCAAGUCCGCGUGAGGCCCGGCAAGGAACGCGACCUCGUCUUCAGUCUCAUGCGCAAGGCCCUUGACCUGGAAUUCUCCAACCGGCCACUCCAGGUUUUAUCUGCCUUCCAACGCCCACAGCGCCAGCAAGUCUCAGACGCCUGCAACGGGCUCGUCGGCGUGUUCCCCAGUCGAGGAAUCGUGCUUGUGCCUAUUGAUGAAAUGGCUAGUCUGCUGCAAAUCAAGAAACAGGACCUUACUGUCACGCCGGGAAGCUGGGUUCGCAUCAAGCGUGGCAAAUACCAGGGCGACCUCGCGCAGGUCAUGGACAUCACGGAGAACGGAGAGGAGGUUGGCCUCAAGUUCAUCCCGCGUAUCGACCUGAACCCCAAGGACGACGCAGCGCUCGACGCGACGGGCAAGAAGCGCAAGAAGGGCCCGUCUGGGCUAUCAUCCUUCAGCAUGCGUCCGCCACAACGUUUCUUCAAUUACGAGGAGGCGGUCAAGGUGUACGGACGCAAGGCCGUAUCGAAGCGUAACCAAGUGUAUGUGUUCCAGAACGACACUUACAGAGACGGCUUCAUCGAGAAGGACUUCCGCCUCACCGCGCUUCAACUGGAUGACGUCAGUCCCACGCUGGACGAGAUCACACGGUUCACGCGCGGCCAGGAUGGCACAGAAAACGACGCGAACGUAGACCUGUCGAUUAUCGCCGAGGCGUCACGGAAAGCUGCCAUCUCCGUGCUGCAGCCCGGUGAUCAUGUCGAGGUCUUCGAGGGCGAGCAGGCCGGCGUGCACGGAACUGUCCAUUCAAUUGAGCAGGACAUCGUAUCAAUCCAGUCUGUAGGUAUGGACCUCGAGGGGCAGCGGAUUCAGCUCCCCGCGCGCAGUGUGCGCAAGCGCUUCAAGGCCGGUGAUCAUGUCAAGGUUAUGACAGGGCAAAAUGCCGAUGAGACGGGUCUCGUCGUCUCGGUUGUUGACAAUGUAGUGACUUUCUUAUCUGACAUGUCGAUGCAAGAGGUCUCUGUGUUCUCGAAAGAUCUCCGUGAAGCAGCUGAGGUCGGCACGGGAACAAACGUCGUUGGCAACUACGAGCUACACGAUCUUGUUCAGCUCGAUCUGCAGACCGUCGGUGUCAUCUUCAAGACGGAGAGGGACUCGUUUCGAGUGCUCGACCAGAAUGGCCAAGUUCGACUCGUGCAGCCACAUCAAAUCUCCAUGCGUCGAGACUCGAAUCGAGCGAUCGCCACUGAUGCAGAAGGCCACGAAUUGCGUGUGAACGACAAUGUCAAGGAGAUCGACGGGGAGGCACGUAAAGGCCGUGUCCUGCACACCUACCAAUCGUUCUUCGCGUUCCUGCACAACCGGGACUACAACGAGAACGGUGGUGUGUUCGUCACCCGUGCUCGUUCCCUGGUAUCCUUGGCGCCCAAAGGCAACGCCAUGAAGCUUGGCACCACUGACCUCUCCAAGAUGAAUCCUGCGUUAAAUGGUGGUGUAGGAGGCAUGGUCGGCUCUGGUAACAUGGGUCGCGGUCCUAGAGAUCGUCUGAUCGGUGUCACUGUGACUGUGACGAAGGGACCAAACAAGGGCUACGUCGGCACUAUCAAGGAUACGAAUGGACCUAUUGCUCGAGUCGAACUCGUCACUGGUAACAAGGUGAUCUCGAUCGAUAAGGCGAAGCUCAUGCGGAGAAAUCAGAAUGGUGCCCUAGAACCGCUUGAAGGCCUCAACAAUAUGGGCCCGCCGCGGGGCGGUUUCAACGCUAAUGGUGGCCGUACACCGAACCCAUACGCGGGCAACGGCGGGCGCACGCCUGCUUGGGGUGCGGUGGGACGGACACCGAAUCCAUAUGCCAAUGGCGGGGGAAAGACACCGCAUUGGGGCUCAGGACAGACGCCUGGUUGGGAGAAGACCCCUGCAUGGCCAGGUGCAGGGGCCACACCGCAUCAGUUUGGCGACAAGACCCCGGCGUGGCCUGGCGCGGGACGGACACCGAACCCGUACACGCAGAACCAGCCGAAGACGCCACGCUGGGACGGAUCAGCACAGUCGCCCACAGGAGGUCAAGCCAAGUCUCCAGAACGCCCACAGGGAUCUGGCCACGAGACCCCACGCAGAGCUUGGGGCUCCGAAUGGGAGGACCUCAGUUACAUCGACAAUCCUCAACAGUUCCGUCGUCCUGCUGGUGAAGAGGCGACCUCCCCUGCCGCGAACCCAUACACCGGUGCACCGACGCCUGGUGUUCACGACUUGUACAAUGACUUCCGAACACCUAACAUCGCGACCAGCAUGGUCACUCCUGGUCCUUCUGCAGCUGACUUCAACAUCAACGUCGCAUCCAAUGCUCCCUUCGAACUGUCGGACCAAUGGCUCCUUGAACCGGAGUUCUCGAGCCAGCGCGGCAUGCUGGUCGAUGUCAAAGGCUCCUUCGGUCCCAGCGGGUGGUUCAACGGCGAUUACGAGGGCAAACAGGGCAUCGUUGUGUCUGUCUUUGAUACGAAGAGCGCGAAUUUCGCUGCAACGGCGAACGUGCGCUUCCUCGAGCCGCUGGACCCCGCCAAACCUUCGUUGCAGGUACCGGUCGAGGUCCUCAAGCCUGUCAACCCUGAGAAGUACGGUACGGAAGUCCUCAUCCUUCACGGUCCACAUAAGGGUCAGCAAGCGAGGGUUAACAUGGUCGAAGCCGGCGGUCUCAUGGUCGUCACGACAAGGCAAUUUACGGUGGAUGAGCUCGGCGCUGAGAAGCUGGUGGUCGUUCGUCCGGUCGAUUGAGCAACUAUCCGUAUCUCAAUGCCAUGGACGCUGUUGUAACAUACUGAUUUUGUCCUUACUUAUAUCAUUACUGUUCUGAGAUUGACUGAUCACUAUUCGUAUCGUGGUUGUGUAGGUUUUCCCAGCUUUGUCAAUCGAGUAUUCUAGUAUACAUUCAUCAUCCGAUAUGAACGAAGGGCACCCAAGAAAGGGACUUUCUGUGAUCCGCCGCACGCAGCUGCCACUGGCUAUAAGUAGACGUACUUAUGUACAGCGUGACUGAUAAUGCGGGUAACAAUAUAUAUCAGUAGUUUUGUGAGGACAUAAGUAAACUCUACA